CGGCCGGGGAUUUCUAUGGUGGAAAACGCGAAACGAAAGCUGGAAAGGGAAGAAAACAAGAGAGGGAAAGGCAGAGAGAGAGAGAGAGAGAGAGAAACUUCUUCGCCCUUCUCUCUCCUGCCUCUCUGUAUCUCACCACCAGUGACUUUCUCUCUCUCUCUCUCUUCUCCCACUAUCGUCCUCUGCGCUUUUAGCACAGGCAGAGAGAGAAAGGGGUAGAGAGAGAGCGAGCAUUGCGAGGCCUUGGCGCGGUCGCCGCCGUGAUGGAUUCCAUUCCUCCGCGGCUUGGCCCCCACGCGCCGCUCCCGGAUCGCUUUAUUCGCACGGCGAUGGAUUCGCGGGCGCCCCGGUCCUCUUGAUUGUGCUGCGGCGAGCGGAAGCAAGAGAUCGAUUCCUCCUCUUCUUCUCGCUCUCUCUCGCUCCCGCUCCCGAUUCGAUUGCUCCGAUUCGGCAUUAGUUUUUUUUUUCUUUUUUCUUUUUUUGGGGGUCGCUCGUUUUCUGCUCAGAGCUCUGGCGGACCUUAAGGCGACGCUAUCGUUCCUGCGCUCGUCUCUCUCGUCGUCGAUUCUGGCCGAUCGAUUUGAUUUCAAGUCGAAGAAGAGGAAGCGGCGGGGGAUCUUCACUGCUAGGAUGCUCUGGAUUCUGCGGUUCUCCGGCUUCUUCUCCGCCGCGAUGGUCAUGGUCGUCCUCUCCCCGUCUUUCCAGUCGUUCUCCCCCGCCGUCGCCACUCGCUCCUCCCGCCUCGACGGCGGCGGCGGCGGCCUCAGGUUCCCGGCGGACGACGCCUCCGCCGCCCUCGGCUCGCCCGAGCGGUUCGCGUUCCGGAGAGCCUCCGCAUUCCGCAAUGCCGAUGAAUGCAGCUCCGUCGACGCCUCGAUAUUGGGUGGAACCAGCGUCUGCGAUCCCAACCUGGUCCACGUCGCGAUUACUCUCGAUCUGGAGUACCUGCGCGGGUCAAUCGCGGCGGUGCAUUCGAUUCUGCAGCACGCCAAGUGCCCCGAGAGCAUUUUCUUCCACUUCCUGGUGUCGGAGACCAGACUCGAAACCCUAGUGCGGUCCACCUUCCCGCAGUUGAAGUUCGAGGUGUAUUACUUCGAUCCGGAGAUCGUGCGGGACUUGAUCUCGACCUCAGUGAGGCAAGCGCUCGAACAGCCUCUCAAUUACGCGAGGAAUUACUUGGCUGAUCUGCUCGAGCCCUGCGUGAGCAGGGUGAUUUACUUGGAUUCCGAUUUGGUGGUCGUCGACGACAUCUCGAAGCUGUGGUCGACCGGCCUGGGCUCGAGGACUAUCGGCGCGCCGGAGUACUGCCAUGCGAACUUCACGAAGUACUUCACGGAGGGCUUCUGGUCUAACUCGCGCCUCGCCGGCGCGUUCGCCGGCCGGACACCGUGCUACUUCAACACGGGGGUGAUGGUGAUAGACCUGACCAAGUGGCGGCGCGUGGGGUACACGAGGAGGAUCGAGCGGUGGAUGGAGAUCCAGAAGCGGGAUCGCAUCUACGAGCUCGGCUCGCUGCCGCCGUUCCUCCUGGUCUUCGCCGGGCACGUGGCGCCAAUCGAGCACCGGUGGAACCAGCACGGGCUAGGUGGUGACAACGUCAGGGGCAGCUGUCGGGACCUGCAUCCCGGCCCGGUCAGCCUCCUGCAUUGGUCCGGCUCCGGCAAGCCGUGGCUCCGGCUCGACUCGAGAGAGGCGUGCCCGUUGGACUUGCUCUGGGCGCCCUACGAUUUGUACGGACACUCCCACUGAUCGAGAAAAUUUGGGGCGACCCAGAAACAUACGACGGCGGUGCGCUUGGAGGCGGGGCUGACAUCAUCACCGGGUAAAUUGGAAUUGCCAUUCGACAGGACUGCUGCUACUGUUAAGUCUCUUGUUUUGUCCUUAAUCAUGCGGUUGCGAUCGAUCCGAUGGUUCUUUCUUUCUUAUUUUUUGUUCUUUUACUCUGUUGUUUCCUCCCCUUCAUUUGUUGGUAAUUUUUUGAUGUAUGUUUAAUUGUGCUUUUGGGGCUACAGAAUUUUUAGUUAGACUUUUCCUGAACUUCACAUUGCUGUUAAUGGAUCUCUCUGGCCACUUGUAUUCGAUUCUCUCAUUGCCGUUCUGGAAAUAAAAGGGAAGACGAGAAAGAUAUUCAUGUUGCUUAUUCUGUAA